AUGGCAAAAUGGAAUGCAAAAGUAGUGAUAAUGAUGGUGAUGAUUGUCGUGGUGGUAGUAGAAGCAAAAUGGACUCAAGAAGAUUGGAUUCGCUGUUUUCGCAAUUGUUCAGAGCCAUGUCCAGAGCUGGAUGGUAAUUGCUAUGUACGUUGCAAAAUCAAAUGCGGCGGCCCAAACCCUCCCCAUGGCCCUCCUUCAUCUCCCUAUGGCCCUCCCAUAGUUCACUCAUGAAUCUCACAUGCGGAAACAUAUGGGGAAGUUCGCUGAAGGAAACAAUAAUAGAAACAGUUUUUUCGUAGAAGAUUUAUGAUCUUG